AUGGGUGUAUUCCCUGGAUUUGGUAGCUGGAUCAAUCAGAACAGUCAACAGCCUCUUAAGGACGAGUCCAAGAGAUCUGAAAAUGGCGAAUCUAAGUCGGUGUCAGAGAAAGACACUAAUAAUAAUCCUCCUGUUAAUAAGAAGAAGAAGAAAAAGGAGGUGGUAUAUUAUAAUUUGAGAGAGGAGAUGAUACAAGAAAGACUUUGGCAUGAAGCAGAGAAGAAGCAUCCAUGGCAUGAUCCCCCUCCCAAGAUCAAGGUGACAAAUAAGAAGGGUCUUUACCAUAUGAACAUAGAAUUGACCGUGGGAAUGAGUCCUGAUUCAAUCUACGACAUUCUGAUUGAUCCAAAAGGCGAUCUGUUUUUCGAUAGGAAGAAGUGGCGCGACCUUAUGAAAAACUCAUCAAGAAAGGUCUUGAAGGAGAAUGGUCCGAGGCAGGUCAUCAAGGUGGAGAAAACUGUGGCUUUUAACUUCUUUUCGCUGACGUCUAUACCUAUCCCGUUACAUCUAAUUAUGGAAGAAAAUCGAAAAGAUCUUACGACAAAAUAUAAGAAAGAGAAAGUAAUGUUGAUGAAAGUGUUCCACGGCAACUAUAAAGUGGAGCCUAUAUAUGUAGAUCAAGAAAGGUUGUGCAAAAAGAGGUUACCAAAGAGUCCAGAAGAAUAUAAAAAAUGUAGCCGUGGCCAAGGAAAGCUUGCGUCAAAAUUGACAAUAAAUCAAUACUUUGAGCCGUAUCCUCCAUUUAAUCUACCUCCGCUUUCUUGGUACAUCCGUGGGAGCACCAUCAAAACCUCCAAAAAUCUGCUCAAUGCACUUCAAGCCACGGCUUUGUUUUUACGAGAGACAGAGCCACUCCCAGAAGAAGCCAUCGCAGCUAGAGAGAAAGAGAUUGUUCAAGCACAUGAUUUUUGA